AUGUCGAGUGACGAUAAGAGCAAGCCGGCCGACCCCAUGAGCGAGCCCAAGAACUGUGACCCCCGGUGCAUGCAGAAGUGUGAGGCCAAAUGCCAACCCAGCUGCCUGAAGAAGCUGCUGCAACGCUGCUCGGAAAAGUGUCCGCGGGAGAAGUGUCCACCGCCACCAAAGUGCCCUCCGUGCCCACCGCCGUGCCCACCGCCAUGCCAACAAACAUGCCCCACACCGUGCUCUCCCAAGACGUGUGUCAAGCCCUGUCCUGCCAAGUGCCCCUCUUCAUGCCCACCCCAGGAGUGA